GGGCUGCCCAGCCUGUUUCAUAUUUCCGGUUCCUAGCGUUGAAUUCCCGGAAACACCAGUCAGCAGCUGCGGCAGCGCCAUCCUCUUGUGGUAGAUCGGUCGGUAGAAAGUAAUAUGCGGCUCUGAUCCGGCCCUGCCAUGGCAGACCUGACCAAGCUUUAUACAGACCCAGCCAGGUUUAUCUGUAUUUAUCCUGCUUACAUCAAUAAUAAGAAGACAAUAGCGGAGGGAAGACGGAUACCCAUUGACAAGGCUGUACAGAAUCCAACAUGUGUUGAGAUUGCAGAUAUAUGUCGAGCAAACAAGUUAAAUGCCGUUGUUGAGGCAGAUAAGAUGUACACACGUGAAUGGAAUCGGGAUGUACAGUUUAAGGGUAGAGUACGUGUACAGCUGAAGAAUGAGGAUGGCACGCCUUGUGUGGAGAAGCUUCAGUCAAGGAAAGCCAUAAUGUUUCGUGUAGCGGAAGAGAUCCCCAAGCUAAAGACUCGGACACAGAAAACCGGAGGUGGUGAUCAAACCAUCCAGCAAGGAGAAGGUGGCAAGAAGAGCAAGAAGAAGAAGAAAUGAUGGACUUUGCAGAUGAGUUAGAGCUGCGUUACGAAGCCCAGCUAAACCACCCUUCCAGACCUACACCAUAAAUGCAGCACAAUCUCCAGGCUUAGUGUCACUCACUGGGUACAAUUCAUUUAAUACUGAGUAGAAAAACACCUGUUUAGCCACUCCAUUGUACCAGGUCGUGUGGGGAAACUGUUCCGUCACUGUUUUAGAUUUGACAUCACACAAGCAGAAAGCUGAAAUAAAAUUAUUUUAUAAAUGGCCAUAUUUUCACAAGGAUUAUUCUAACAGCAAAGGAUUUUAUUUAAUAAACUGCGGGAGAGCAGAAUGUUUAGUUACUUCCUUCUAGACUCCAUAAGUAGUAAUAUUAGCACCACUACUAGUAUAACGUGUUCCUAUGUCAUUGUUGUAAGGCAUAAUCAUUAUGCAGUCACCAGACUGGUAUAUUGUUAUUUUAUGGCCGCUCUUAUAAGUCUAAACAUUUAAUUUUUAAAUUGUUCCGAUGUUUAGUUAGCAUCAGAAUAGUGACUGUUAAUGUGGGAGAUUACUGGUAACUGAUAAUGGUGCAGAAGGGUCACAUUGUGUUUGUAAACCUCUUGUAUCAGACUAAAUGGUGAUGUUACAUUGUGUUGCUUCAUAAAUGAUUGUGUACAUGGAUGAAAUGAAA